GAAGAGACCAAUGACAAAAUUGCAGUAAAGAUCCGAAAGAAUACAAGCUUGUUAUUCGUAAGUCUUAGAGCUCGAUCGGUUUUGAUAGCGGCGUUCCGCACCUGCCAAUCACAGCCAUGUGUCACCAGCCCAAUGGAGUACAAAUCAAGCACAUGCAGCUUCUCCAUCAUCGCCCCUUGUCCUCUUCAUCCAUGAAUAUUUAACCAGCUAUCCACACACAAACUAGCCAAUCAUUAUUAUCUAGCUUGACACAGAUGUCACAACCAACAACGACCUUUGAUCCUAACCCACCACCAGCGAGGACACUCGCUUACCAGUCGAAACUACCCAAGCUCCCGAUCCCACCUCUUGAGGAAACCUGCCAGCGCUACUUGACAGCCUUGAAGGGUCUGCAGGAUGAGGCGGAACACGAGAAAACUGAGCGCGCUGUCAAGGAAUUUUUAGAGGGAGAGGGACCAAAGUUACAAGAGAGACUACAGACAUGGGCAGAGAGCAAGGCCAGGUAUGAAUCAUAUCUAUCACACAGCGACCCAGUCGUCCUCGCAUUAAACCCAUUUUUUGUACUAGAGAAUGACCCAACUCCAGAUCGUGGAUCUCAGCUUCCCAGAGCUGCCUCACUCAUUGUCUCUUCGCUCGGGUUCGUCCAUGACUUGCGCAAAGGCAUGCUGGACCCAGACACUGUCCGUGGAACUCCUCUCGACAUGGAUCAGUACACAAGACUAUUCGGAACUGCAAGAAUACCAACAGCGAGGGGCUGUAAGAUGGAAGUGAAUGCAGAGGCCAAACAUAUUGUAGUUUUGCGUCGAGGCCAAUUUUACUGGUUCGACGCAUUGGACGAUGACGAUUUACCAUUACUGACUGAACGGGAGGUGCUCCGCAAUUUGCAAGCGAUCGUGAAAGAUGCAGACAAGACGCCACCUACAGAAGUCGCUCGCACCGCCAUAGGGGUGCUCUCUACCGAGAACCGUAAGACCUGGUCCUCCCUCAGGUCUGCACUAGCCAAAGACCGCACGAAUGCAUCUUGCCUGCAAAUCGUUGACGAGUCUCUCUUCGUCGUCUGUUUGGACGAUGCAGUGCCAGUCGAUUUAGCCGAUCUUUGUUCAAACUUCCUAUGCGGGACCUAUGACCUCCAAGGAGGUGUUCAAGUGGGUACAUGCACAAACAGGUGGUACGACAAACUUCAGAUUAUCGUUUGCGCGGAUGGGGCUGCGGGAAUUAACUUUGAACACUCGGGUGUGGACGGACACACGGUGCUACGGUUCGCAGCCGACGUAUUUACGGAGGGAUUGAUGCUUCUCGCGCGGUCCAUCAACCCUUCUGCACCAACCCUAUUUCACGCACCUCUCUCUCCUCACUCAAAGUCUUACAAACCACCAAAGAAAGGAGCUCACAACCACAGCCCAUCCAAUUCGUCAUCAUUAUAUGACACGGUGCCUAAGAAACUUGAAUGGCGCCUAACUCCGACGCUGCGCGUGGGCAUCAGGUUCGCAGAGACCAGACUGAGCGAUUUGAUAUGUCAGAAUGAUUGCCAGGCGCUCGAGUUUCGUGGGUAUGGCAAGAAUUUUAUGACUAGUCAUGGGUUUAGUCCGGAUGCCUUCGUGCAAAUGGCAUUCCAGGCUGCUUAUUUUGGACUGUAUGGAAGAACGGAGUGUACGUAUGAGCCAGCGAUGACCAAGGCGUUUUUGCAUGGGCGUACUGAGGCUAUCAGGACCGUACAGGUCGAAAGUGUCGAGUUUACUAAGACAUUCUUCUCUGAAGCACCAGCAGCCCAGAAGAUCUCUGCUUUGCGCAAGGCUUGUGAGAGGCAUGUGAAGCUCACAAAGGAGUGCGGUCAGGGGUUAGGUCAAGACAGACACUUGUAUGCGCUCUACUGCCUCCAUCAGCGCCAGCAGAGUGGAAACUUGGAUCCUUCUCCUGACGAUCCCGUCCCGAAUGGUUCACUUUCUAACGGCCACGGGAGCAGAGAGCCACUUCCGCAGAUUUUCGCCGACCCAGGUUGGCCUCUUCUCAGCACAUCUAUCCUCUCGACAUCGAAUUGUGGUAACCCUGCACUGAGGUUGUUCGGCUUUGGGCCAGUCGCCGCAGACGGCUACGGGAUUGGCUAUAUCAUCAAGGAGAAUGGUAUUUCAGUUGUUGCCUCUUCAAAGCAUCUGCAAACGCGGCGCUUCCUUGACACCUUGCAGGGCUAUCUGCUGGAUAUCCAGCGUAUCCUCGUGCAGCUCCAUCUCUCCGCGAAUGAGCGGCCGGCACCGUUCGUAGACCACGCGGGCAUCCUGAGAGAUUCGAAAACAGGUAGACCAAUCAACGGCCAUGGAUAUGGGCACGAUGAGUAUGUAAACGGUUAUGAAGAUACGAUGCCGGGCUAUUCGUUCUUCGAUAGUGGAGAUGUGGAAUUGCUCGGUGGCCGCAAGAAAUCACCCUACGAUAACGUUGGCAAGAUUCUUCCGUUGUCUGAUUACUGAUGAUGUUAUCGCGGGAUUUUUCUGUGUGCCGUUAUCGUUAUUAUCUCGAGAUAUGGGCGAUCGAUUUAAAGUGUGAUCUAUCAAUGUACUGUACGUUGUCUGUUUCUUGUAUAGCUGCUGUGUAACUUUCCAGAAAGUGUACUGUACAUUUCUUACUACCAGGAUGUGCACAAUUGUGUAUUGUAUGCUCGCUUAGUAUUGCAUUAUCGCAAUGUUGUCCGCUGAUGAAUACAUACCAUUACGGGCCGUAAGAACAGGCUUAUGCAUAGGGCCCCGCGGAGGAUAAACAGAAAA